GUUGGAAUUGAGAAUCGAAAAAAUAUAUAGUGAAAAGAAAGCAAUCGCAAAAUAACAAAAUGAAAAAAAUAAAAAUAAAAAUCAAAAGAAAAAGAUAAAGAAAAAUACAAAUGCAUGAAAAACCAAGAAAGAACGUUGAGAAAAAAUGAAAAUAGGAAGGUGAAUCACAGGGUUGGGUUUGUUGGCAGUUGGGGGUUGAUAUGGGGUGCUCCAUAGUAGCACACAGCAGCGGCAAGAGAAAAGUGCAAGCAUGUAUCCUUUCUUGGAAGCAUGUUAGGUUUUUUUUUGUUAGAGAAACAGUAAUAAUAUCAUUGCAUUCACAAUCGUCGUCGUCGUCCUUCGGUACGGUUUGUCUCGUCUUCGUGACUCGUCUCUUCGCGAGUGCACCACAACACACCGCACUGCACUAUACCAUACCGCACCGCACAUAAAAUUGCUACUCUAUCCCCCUUUAUAUCCUCUCAUAUAUACGUACAUAUGUAUAUGUUGUAUUAUUACUAAAAUAAAACACACAAAACAAACUCACAUACAGAAAAAGGAAAAUGCACCUUAAGAAAAAAUCAAUCCUCACUCGGAAACCAGUUUUUCUUGAAAAGGAUACGUGUACGUAUUGGCGCGCGGACGCCUCCAUCAAACUGUCACCGUUCCAUCGAAAAUGCAAAAGUCCAAAGGCCUCGCCGCAUCCACCUCCUUUGGCUAGCCACAAUUCUAAAAGUUCCUAAAAUAACAACAACCUAAAAUAAAAAAAAAAUAAAAGUGAUAAAAUGUGAAAAAAUAAAAAUCUCAGCCUCAACCUCUAACGAAAGUUCCUAUAUUUCAAGUGCAAGUUUCAAAAAUAUAUAUCUAAAAAAUUUAAAAAUAAUAUUUUUUAUCUAGAAUCUACUCGUAGUUUAAAAUCAAAUCCUAUUUACAAAAGUAGUAUAAGUCCUUAAAAAAAUAGCAUAGUUAUAGUGUGUAAAUGUUUGUAUUCAAAUUUAUAAUGUUAAUUGCCACUUGAUGGCGCUGUACCAAGGUUAAACUUGGCACACAUUUCAAGUCACUCGAGUGGGCUGGUCGGUCACAGGGUGGAAAAUAAAGAAAAAAGAAACAACUUUAGUUUUUUGCCUGCGAAAGUAAAAGUGUUGUUUUGAGUUCGGGUCUCUGUGGAGAAAGUUAUUUCUUAUUCCAACACCCUGGUGCUCCCUGCCCCUCUACGCCUUGUGCCUAUGUAAAGUGCGAUAAAAGUUUUGUGAGAGCAAAAGGAUGCACAGUACAGAAUGAAAUUCAUAUGAAUAAAUUGUCUGUCCUACCGCCCAGGACCAUCAUCUGCACCAACUUAUGGAUCGAAUGACAUCAUCUGCUGACCAAGACCGAUGCAGUGGUGUUUUCGCCAAAAGGACCAAACGUGUAAACAUCAGCGGUGAUGAGGUGGUGGAGAAUAAUGACGAGCGCAACAGUUGUCGUUUGGGCUCAAUUAGUCCGAUUAGUGUCGUCGAUGAGCAACAAAACGAAUUGGAUAUUAAACCCUUUACCGGUGCCGGUGAAGCCCCUAUGAGCAUGGAUAGUAGUGGUUCGAAUGGUGGUGAAGGUGGUGUUGAUUGUGGCAAUAUGGCAAGAGACUACCAUACCGGUCAGUCACAUCGCUUUUCGGUUGGAUUUCAUCCGAGCUAUUGCCAUGGAAAGACAAAGUCACCGUUCCUGCUGCCAGCUGAAAUUUAUAAAAGUUUAUUUGCAAGUGCUGUCUUUCAACAGAAACAACACCAACAGCAUCAGCAACAGCAGCAGCAUCAACAGCAGAUACAUGAGGAGGAUGAUGAGAAGGAGAGUGUUGCACAUUUUCCUAGGAAUUUAUUAUUUUCCUGUCCAGAUGUUCCCAAACGAACGGACUCGACUUUAAAUAAUUUAGAACCAAGAAAACCAUCAAAUUUUGGCUGGCCCACCGACAAUAACAUCCUUGGCUCAACUGCACCCUCCCCGAGUGCUCUCGACAACCAAAUCAACUCAUCCUCCCAGCAGCAUCACAACAACCAUCAUUCUGUGGUUAUUAUAGGCGAUAACAACAAUCAAGAACAAGCUCUCUCAUCAUCUAAGACUCAUCUUUCGUCAUCUGAAGGAACCCAACCUGCGCAACCUCCACCACAGUCAACUUCUUCGCCACCUCCUACCCCAUCCCAACUCACGGGAAUCGGUUCGCCCAACAACCGAAUUACACCCUCUAGCAACAGUAUGCCAAUUGGUGGGGUGCAAGGCCAAAAUCCAGCUCAGGGCCUCGUACAUUGGAUGAGUGCAGUUAUGGCUGAACAUAUGACAGGGCAAACGCAUCACGAUCCAACAGCUGCCGUUGGAAUGCACUACAUGUGGAAUGGCAAUGUUGACCAAUGUGGUCAACAUGUGAAAGAAAUCGACUACAAUGGUUGGCCAACUUCAAGAAAUCACAUGUCAAUGAAGCAAGGAUAUGAGGCUAAAAUGAACGACCACCAUGGGAACCUGCAAAAAGGACACAUUUUUGAUGAUGGAAGACUGGAACACCAUACAGGUGCUGCGCAAGGCAAUCAAAUGUCAAUAUACGGACCUAGCGGUCCAGUUCGGACAGUUUCGUCGAAUAGCAAUUCUCCAGGAGGUGGUGGCGGUGGUGGUGGUGUUAAUGUGGGCGUUGGCAAUCAUGUGCAUCAUACUUCGGCGGCAUCAGCAUUAUUAGUUGUACCACAGCCAAUUAAUGCAACCAAGAUAAGUACGAGCCUCGGUCCAGGAGGUGGUGGCAGUGGGAGGAAAUACCAGUGCAAAAUGUGUCCACAGAUUUUUAGCUCUAAAGCUGAUCUCCAACUACACACGCAAAUUCACAUGCGAGAGGCUAAGCCCUACAAAUGCUCACAAUGCUCGAAGGCUUUUGCGAAUUCGUCAUACCUUUCACAGCAUACCCGAAUACAUUUGGGCAUAAAACCUUAUCGUUGCGAGAUAUGUCAACGUAAGUUCACCCAACUGUCCCACCUACAGCAACACAUCCGUACACAUACGGGCGACAAACCAUACAAAUGCCGUCAUCCGGGAUGUCAAAAAGCUUUCUCACAGUUGUCCAAUCUCCAGUCGCACUCUCGAUGCCACCAGACUGACAAACCAUACAAAUGCAAUUCAUGUUACAAAUGCUUCUCCGAUGAGCCCUCACUACUGGAACACAUUCCUAAACACAAGGAAUCUAAACACCUUAAGACCCACAUAUGCCAGUACUGCGGUAAGAGCUACACCCAGGAGACAUAUCUGACCAAACAUAUGCAAAAACAUGCUGAGCGAACUGAUAAACGACCACCCAUUACUGGUGGACCGCCUUCAUCAUCAUCAAAUAGAAACAUUGGACUGAAUACUUCGUCCCUACCACCAGUUGCAGUGGGAGAUCAUCCUUAUUGGCCUAAGGUGAGUCCUGACUCAGCGGCAAAUCUCACGGAUGUAAUGCAUCACCAUCAGCAUCAGCACCUCCAGCAACAAAACCAACAGGGUCAACCCUCGCAUUUGGAUCAAUUUCCACCGAUAAAUACACAUCAACCGUCCCAGACAAAUGGUCAUUCUGAUCUGCAAUCUCAUCAUAGGAUGAAUGAAAAUGGAAGAGAAGAUAUUGUUUCGACUCCAUCUACCGUUGGACCAUACGAUAGCACAAGUAUAACCAAAACAACGAGCAAUUCAGCAUUUACACCAAUCAAUUCGAUGACGCCACAUCUAAAUACAUUAAGUCAUCAUCCGAUGGCACAGCGACCUUAUUUAUACGAUGCAAUAAGUUUCCAAAAUAAAAAUGUCAAUCAAAAUAAUGCCAACAGUUUUCCUAAUCAGCUGAUAUCGUUGCAUCAAAUUCGUAAUUAUGCACAUCAACCGGCCGGACUUAUGGCUGGUGAACAUUUAAUCGGAGUCAGUGUUGGAUCUGGCAAGGAUAAAGGAUAGCUAUACUUCUAGGGGGAGGUGAAUAAUGAUGGUCUUGGGGAGCUUAUAACAGAGUAGAUCAAAUUUCUUAUUGUUGCAUAUUUUUCUCUAUUUUUUUCUUAUACCAAUAAUAUAUAAUUUCAUUUGCAUUGGAGUGGAUGAUGAAACUUAUCAAAUGCUAUAAGGUCCAAGUAAUGGUUAUUUAAAAACGGGCUUUUUCACCAAUAAAUUGGAGUUGGAGAUUUUGUUUAAAUUUUUCUAAAAAUUCUGUUAUUAAUUUGGUGACCCUAAUAGACAGUCAGAUUGUUCGCAUUACAGGAGACUAACAGUGUUAUAAAUUCUGGUUGCAAAUUGAGGUGGUUUAUAUUUUACGAUGUAGAUGGCUCUCUUAACUCUAGUGAAGGAUUUUAGUUUUACUAUUUCUAUUUCAAUUAUCUUAAUUGACAUGUAAUUAGAAAUACCGUCCAAUACUUUUGUUUAGUUAAAUAUGUACCUAAAGUUCUUUUCCUUUCAUUUUUUACUUUUUUAGUUGAUAAAUAGGCAAUUUUUUUUAAGGCACUCAUAGGAUAAGAAGAAAAUAAAAACAGCAUCAAAUUUAGUACAAUGCAGGAUUUAGAUUUUUUAAAUGGCACCCAUCCAAUCUCCAUGACAGCAAUAUCCUAGUAAUUGAUGUACAAAUGUUAUUUCACUUUUGUUUGAUUCCUUGCAUUCCAUAAAAAUAAAGGAAUUUGAAUUUUGCCGAUUUUUGUAUUUUCUUCUUUUAAAGAAAUAACAAUUUUAAAAGAGCUCUAAAGUCAACCACAUAAUGUAGUCUUAUCAAAAAUCUUAAUACGCAAUUUUUUUUUUUUUAGACCUAGAGUCGGCUUUAAUUAGAUCUUCUUUUAUUGUUGUUAAUAGGUUAAACUAUAGUAAACUAAACCACAGAAGUGGAAUAUUUAUACUUCUUUAAAGUUAUUUACAAUUGGCUCUAUGUUUCUGUUUUUUAAAAACCAUCAGAAAAACUAAUAAAACUUUUUAUUUUUUAAAUCGAAUUAAAAUUGGUAUUAAUUUAAUCCAGAUCGAGCUUUCCAUCCUCGAAAAGGUCCUAUUCAAUUCUAUGGCUUAAAAGAAUCUAGUAUAAAACCCCUUACAACGACUGUUUUCUGAUUUUAUGUUGCAUUAAUGAACACAGCAAUUCUCCAAAAUGUGUGCAUGGUUGCUUUAGUACAAUAUUGGUAUCCAAAACAUCAAAGGAAGGAUGGAUUAAAGAAUGACAAUUUAAGAUUACUUUUUUCAUUUCGAAAAUCACAGUCAUCCGCAAUCAGUUGUUUUAUUUUUUCCAAAAUUUAAUUUUCUUUUCAAGUUGGUGUUCAAUUUUCAUUUUUCGGUUUCUGAUGUCAAAAAAAUAUAGAUUCAAAAUCAGCUGGUGUCAUUUAUGACCUGCAAUAUAUCUGCGUUUUGUUCGAUCGCAAAUCUGACUUAAUGAACAUGCCUAACGAGGGUUAGGUUAGGCAGACGUUAAUUAUAGAUAGAUAGAUACAUAGAUAAAUUCUUUAUUUUUUCGAUUAGAUAUUAAUACAAUUAUAAACUUAAGAAUACGGACAUGGUUAUCUGCCGUUUGCCGGUUAAUCAGACGCUAAUGAAAACACCCAAAUUCAAAUAUCAGAUUCGACAAAUAUACGGGGCAUAUUUGAAAGUGUUCACUACCACAAAUUUUUCAAAAAACAGAUACCAAAUUCAGUUUUUUUUAAUGUUCAACAAUCUCAUGGGGAACAAAACUAAAAAACUGAUGUUUUUAUAUUUCAUUAUCUUGAUCCGUCAAUCUACCGUCAAAAUGGCCGAAUGUUUUGACAUUUUGCUUAAAAACCUUUUGCUAUAUGGAUUUGUUCUUUAUGAAACCAAUUACAAAAGUUUUGGCUCAUAAACUUGUACAAUAGAUAUUUAUUUUACCUAAACGAAAGAGCUCUGUUUUUAAUUUAAAAACCUUAGGAUGAAAAGACUAUUCAAAGAGACUAUUUUGGCUCCCAAAAUUGCAGGACUUUCCUGUCAAAUUUACCUACCAUUUUUUCAGAAAUUAUCUUAACCUGAAAAAAUGUUUAAAUACUUUGUUAAAAUAUUUACAAAUUGGCAAGAAUUUGUCCAACACCGUCCUUAUUUUUAAGCACAUGCUAUUGAAAAUAUUUUCUUAAAUAGCUUUUCUUCAGAAAGAUGUUUUACUGGCGAGGAGAGGGUUACAGUAAAGUUAUAACAUUUUGACUUUUAGGAGUUUAGUUUUUUUUUAAUGUUGAAUUCGGGUCUUUUGUGGCAUAAGUACAGGUUCAUAAAACCUCAUCUUUUAACCUUGAGAACCUUUCCAAUCCUUUUUUUUUUAAUUUUAAAAUAGAAAAUAUCCUUGUUGCUCUCUUAUCCAAGCUUAAAUAUAUUAUUAAAUAUCAAUCUUUAAAGUUUUUUGACCACAUUUCUAAUUUAAAAAUAUUAAAAAUAUAACUUAUUAACAGUCCCUUAAACUGUGAUAAUAUUUUAUUUAAAAAACAAAAUCUACUAUAAUUCAAGUUCCACAAUUCCUUUUUUAUUUCUUAUUGAUAUUGAGCCUUUAAAAAAGUACUCUCCACCUAGAAGAAAUUAAAACCCUUCAUUAUUAUCAGAACAUGAUUUUAUGGAAAGAGUUUUUAACAAAAUCCAAGAAAAUGUAAAUUGUAUAAGUACUGUUAAAUAAAAUAAUUAUAUAAAAUAUUCAAAUUUUAAUAUUAAAACAAAUACAAAUAAAAAACUAUUUAAAAAUCUUUAUUGUAAAUAUCUAUAUGAGGAGUUAAAACUUUUCUUUGUAAAGACUGAAUAUGAACUCAAAGUCUAAGGAACUCAAAACUAAUGAAUUAAUUAUGUGAAUUAAAUAAAAACAAAAAAAACGAAAGCACUUUGUGUUUGUAUUUAGCAUAUCUUUGUGGAUUUGAUAUGAACGAAAUUUAAUUGAAAUAAAAGAAAGAAAUAAAAAGAUUUUAAAAUAAUGUGUGGAAGCACAGUAAAAAAAUCCUAUGUAAUAUUUAAAAGUUUUUCAUUAACUUUAAUAUACAAAAAUAAAAAAGAAAACAAAAAACACUAAUUAUAGAUAGGAUACUUACGAUAUAAUAUAUUAUAUUCACUUGACAUAAGUAGAUUAAUUUACUGUAUAAGCUGAAUCUAAGUGUAAAUGUCAACUUUUAAAUAAAUUUAAAUAAAAGAAAAAAAACAUUAUAAUAAAAUAAGUUGGAAGCAUGUGUUAUGCACCUAUUUUAAGUAAAGUAUUUUGUUUGUUUUUUUAAAUUUUGUGUCAAUUCAUGUAAAAACAAAAAUAUAUAUAUAAACUUGCAAAAGAAAACAAAAAUAUCAAAAGCAAAUUAAUAUGUUGUAUUGAUGAAGCAUAAAAUACAUUUAAUAUCUAAUGUA